AAGGUCAUUCCCAUAGACCGUUACAUCUGCCCAAAGCAAGCACAGGUGAACCUGCUGGUAAAUUUGCUGAUAAGGCAGUCUGAUGUGUGGACUUAUCUACCAAGUUGCCUCUGCUGAGGGCUCUAAAGCUGCAUGUUAGCAUUUGGUCCAAAGGAGACUUAAUUUAACUAUCACCAUCCAGAUAAUCGCACCACCCUCAACGUGUGCAUAUAUGCCUGCACAAAUACACAUAUUUUUAAUAUAAGAGCUACAGCAAGGGAAGACCCUCCUACUAUUCAAGGAGUUCUCGCUGGAGGGAUUUGUAUGCACACCCCUGCGCAGCCAGUAAAUUCGUCGGUCAGUUUGCGGCUGGCCAGCUGGCUAAUGGAGGAAGGCAAGGCAAGAAAGAGAACAUCCUCGGCAGCAGGAGAUUCAGGGAGGGUCCUUGCAUGCUGGCCCUCGGCAAAUCCCGGGGCUUCCCUGGAGAAGGAAUUUCCUCCUCCUGGCUUGCAGACAAGAGUUAAGCCAGAGCUUCUCAUCCCCUUGUCGUCACCUCCAGUCCAGUGCAAAACAGAUGUGCUGGGGAAGAAGGAUGGCGUUGUAGUCCAACACAACUUGGGAGCCCUGGUUCAAGGGUCAUCUUUUUGGGAGGGUCAGUCCAGGGUCAGGAAGAACUCUCCCACUCCUGCUUGGAAGCCCCUUCACUAGUGAGGCUGGAUCAUCACUUUGCAGAGUUUCUACCAAUGGGACAUUUUCCGUCUUCCCAGCAAGUCAUCCCUAACUUGGAGAUGGAUGUUGAAGAGAGAGAGAAAUGCUGGCCUGCCCCAAACUUGCCCCCAUAACCCAUUGCUUGAGCUUUUUGCACUUGGCGAUACCCCACUUCCAUUCUCACCAGUCCCACCUUCAUCGACAACCUGGAAUCGAGGUUUAAGGGCUCCUUUGGGGGAAGCCUCACCUCAAAGAAGGGCAGGAACUUUUUUGCCUCUUCUAAUGGGUGCCCUUUCCUGGGCCAAUUUUGGUUGCAAGUCCAGAAGGGAAUCGCUCUCCCUGCCCUGGGCAGCUCACGGGGCUCGGGCUGGCUCUGUCCACCAGCAUGCUGCUCUUGAGAGCAAAAGGAAAAGUUGCUGCUCCAGGAGCCUCCCCCAAAGGAAACCAUCCGCCAACUCAUCUCUUGAAAGUGGGCUUUCAAGUCUGGGGUCCCCACAGUAGCCUGGUGGCUCUCAGUCGGGUGGCUCAGCCAGCGGUCAGCCAAGGAGGUGGCCUGAGGUGGCAAGAUAUCCGAAUGCCACAGCCUCACGUAUGUCCUGAGGCCAACUCAAGGUCUGCCAUGGAGGGCUGCCAUGCUUGUGGGGUGACCCCAUCCCCAGGCGCCCUCCCUUCCCAAGCUGGCACUAUCCAGAGGUAUGCGGACUUCAACUCUCAGACAAUGGCAAACAUUGGGGGCUGCAGCUCUAGAGAGCCCCAGGUUGGAGAAGGUUGCUCAGAUGGAUGGCCAGGGGCUUGAUGGAAGGGUCCUCCUUUCUCAGGCUGCUGUGCUGGUGAGGGGGAAGACCUUGGCUGUAUGUGAAGGGACGCACCAGUUCCUCAGGUAACACCCAGCUCCCUCUGCCUUUCGGAGACCGCAGCUUGCAGGCCCUCUGGGCACCUGCUGACAGAUCCCCAGAGGUGGGGCUGGGACAGGAAGCAGCGGAAGGAGUGGAAAGUGGAAGUAGGGACUACAAGGCCGCUCCCAGAGGCACCCUCUCAAGGGGCCUCCUGCUGUCGGGCUGCAUGAAUCCUCUGAAACCUGUGGAGGGGGACCGCGUGACCCUCCCUGGCUUCUGAAUCCAGGCUCAGCUGAGCGCCUGGGGAGGAAGGCCGGGGAACACGAGUGCCAUGCCGGUCCUCAAGAACCCCUGUCAGCUCAAGAUGGCCAGCAGAGGCACCGCUGGCAGUGGCGGAGGCAGCAGCGGGACACUGAUUCUGGCGAAGGAGGGUCUGGGCGCCAAUCCUUUCGAGGAAGACCUGGAGGAGAAUGAGAGGGACUCCUUCCUCGGGGGGCUCUCCCCUGGCCGAGAGACAGCCCUCCCAGGACACAGGGGGGACUUUGAGCGGGGCCUGUUCGGCGGGAGCCCCGAGGACCGCUACAGGCGCCGGGCCACGCUGGAGAAGCUGGUGGGGCUGAGCCCCUUCCGCCUGGGCAAGGGCAAGAAGAGUGGGGAGAAGAGGUCCCCCAGCAGUGAGCACGGCGCCGACAGGCGGUCCUUCCUGGAGCGCAUGAUGCUCCCUUUGAUGGAGGGCAACCUGGGGCAGCGGGUGCCGGAGAAGAGGAAGCCACGUCGCUGCUCGGAGGAUUUCAGCCUGCUGCAGCGCUUCAACGGACGACGCAAGGAGGGCCUCUACAGCUCGGACUGCGGCCUGGCGGAGGAGAAUGGUGCCAGCGGGGACGCCAUGAAGCGCGGGUCCUUCCUGAAGAUUGGGCUGGGCGGGAAGGUGCGCCGGGCCUCCCUGGUGGAGAAGCUCAACCAGACGGAGGGCUCGGAGGCAGCCCCGGUUGCUGAGGAGCGCGACCUCAAGCCCAAGGAGCCGCUCUCGGUCCUAGAAAUCCUGAACCUGAUCCACCGGAGGGAUCUCCUGCUGGCUGAUGAACACAUCAUCGAGCUGGAAGCCGAGUGCGCCCGGGAGAGCAGCAAGGAGAGCUGGAAAGACGGCAGCCGGAAGGCCAGGGACGUGGCCUUGCUCUACAAAGAGCUGCAGGAGCAGCUGUGGGCAGUCCUGGCUGAGUCGCUAGCUGCCAAGAGCACCUCCCUGCCCCUGGAGCACGUGGUGCAGGUGAUCGAGCAAGAGGAAGCCACUGACCGCAAGUGGCUGGAGGCCCACGGCGGCUCGGGGGGGGCGUCUGGGGCUCGGCCACGGCAGAUGAAGAAGCAGUGGGCUGAGGAGGUGGACAGGCUGGUCAGCCAGAAGCUGUGGCAGUGCAUGGAAGGCAGGGCAGGUGCCAUCGCCAGCCAGAUGGACCGGCUGGCCAAGUGCACUGUGGACGACUUGACCACCGUGAAGUCCCGCCUGCUGCACGCCUACCCCAAGGAGUACCAGGCCUUUGGUGUCUACCUCGGAAGCUACCACCGGGGCCUGGCCCGCUGCCUGGCAGAGAUGGCCCAGAAACAGAUGAGCAUCUCCGAAAUCUACUUUGUUCUGGACUGGAGCAGCAACAUCUACCAAAGGGAGGUCCUCAGCCAGCCAGAGGUCGCCCCUCUGGCCAAGGGCCAGGUGCUCGGCCCCCUCCUGUCCCUGGAAACGCAGCGGAGUCUGGAGGACCAGUGCAUUGCAGCUGUGAAGGUGAAGAUCGUCAAUGACAUGAACCAGGAGCUGCAGAAGGAGGAAGGGCGCUGGGCGCAAGAAGAUCAGGACGACAGUUUUCAGUUCGGCUUGUCCGGCAAAGUCAUCUUGGCGCUGAAGGGGCAUGCCGACAGAGCCCCUCAAAUCACAGAAGACUUUGGAAGGAGGGUGGCCCACUGCUGCCUCGCCAGCCUGGCAGCGUUCCUGCAGAGCUUCCAGAAGAAAGUCGAAAAGUUCCACGAAGGCCAGAUGGACAGCAGCCUAACCCCUGGGAGCUACAUGGGCCGAACCAUCAUGCUGGUCAACUGCUGCCCGCCCUUCCGGGACUACGUGGAGCACCUGGCAAAGUUUGGCCACCCAGACAGCGAGGCAGUGAGGCAGUUGGCAGGUUCGUCCCUCGACCGAGUGACCAGGCUGUGCAAUCAAGUGCUGGCUGACCACCUCUUUCAAAGCCUCAAGCCCUACUUUUGCAAGCUGAUGAAGAGGAAAUGGCUGAACAACCCAGAGGCCUUCUCCACCAUCAUGGCUCUACUUGCAGAGCAUGCUCAGAAGCUGAGGAAGAUGAAGCUGGGGCCCUACCAGAUGCUGGUGAGGGAUGUGCACCGGCAGGUGCUGAUUGAAUAUGUCCGGCCUCUGAUGCGAGUCCGGAUCAUCUGCACUUCAUCCAAGAUGAGAGCCAAGGUGGCCAACAGACUCCGGAGUGAGGCGAAGCAGCUGCAGGAAUUCUUCAUUCAGCUGGAAUCCUCCUCAUCCUGGCUGGACUCUGUUGUGCCACACCUGGCUGAGAUCCUUGAGCUGGAGGACACACCCACCAUCCAGAUGGAAGUGGCAUUCCUCGCCAGAGAGUUUCCUGAUGUGCAAAAGAAGCACCUGUCAGCCCUCCUGGAUGUUCGGGGCCUGCAGAGCCAGACUCAGCGGCAAGCCAUCUUGGCCGUCCUGGAGAGCUUGGAGCCGACGGGGGCUGAGGUGACCGUCCCCCAAGACCGGGCCUUCUUCUCCGAGAUCCCCACCAGCGAAGUCUUCUGCGUCCGGGUCCAGCUGCACCGCCUCUCACACUUCGGGCUUGCCUGCAUCUCCCGGGUGCGCCGGAGGCCCCCACGGCUGCAGAGGCGGGGGCCGAGGGAGAAGGGGGCUGAAGCCCCACUGUGAGGAAGUUUGCUCUGCCCCCGCCCGGGAUUUCUUGGCCUUCAGACUUUUGGCAGCAGGCUACCUUACCCCUUCCCAAGGAAGCCCGGCCUGGUGGCGCUCAGCCCGGGAGGAACGCAACUGCCUGCCCGGACGCUACGGCUUGGCUCUUCAGCUGCAGGCCUUCUCCGAGUGGCCGAGAGCCAGACGGGGCAGCGGCCCCGAGGCCGAAAGAAGCAUUGCUCCACAUAGGCUGUAUCUAAGCCUUCUGGUGAUUGCUGGGGGGGGAUUGGAAGGGGGGA